AUGUCGUCGUCCGUCCCCUCGCAGUCUGCGCCCUUGGGGCCACAAACCAAGAUUGCGCUCGAGUCCAAAGUCAUCGCGAUUACCGGCGCAAACCGCGGAAUCGGACUCGGCAUCGCCGAAUGCUGUCUCACCAAUGGCGCUGCCCGGAUUUACUCCAUCGACAUCGGCGAGGUCGGCGACGACUUCCACGCUUUAUCCAAGCGCUUCCCUAACCAACUUUUUGCCGUCCAAGCCGAUGUGACACAAGAAGCCAGCAUCUCCGCGGCAGUGGAUAAAAUCGUGGAGGAGGCCGGGGCGCUGCAUGGAAUGGUUGUGAAUGCAGGACGGACGAACCACAAGGCCGCGCUAGAUUUCACGACCGAGGAGAUUGAGGCGCUUUUCUCUGUCAAUCUUUUCGGUGCAUUUUACACGGCCAGGUGUGCCGCCCGUGCAUUCAUCAAACUGGGCAUCAAGGGAGCGAUUGUGUUUACGGCUUCGAUGGCUUCGUAUCGACCCAAUAAGCGUGUCCCCUCCACCCCCUAUGGCGCGUCCAAGGCUGGCAUUCGGAACAUGACCCACACCCUCGCGAUGGAAUGGGCUCAACAUGGAAUUCGCGUGAACAGCGUCUCUCCUGGGCUGGUGAACACGGCCAUGACGUACUGGGUGCCUCAGCAGCCCGACUGGGAGCAGCAGUUGAAAUACUAUGGAGGAUUUCCGCGCCUGGCGGAGGUUCAGGAGCUUGGGGGCGCCUAUGUUUACCUGCUGAGUGAUGCGGCAAGCUAUACCACCUCCAUCGACAUCCCGGUGAAUGGAGUUAUUGGAAGGGCUGCUGGAACCGCGGCCAGUCGUAAAGUAGCUCGAUCAUUCUUUCGUGUACCGGAUAUGUAA